AUGAUGGCCAUGGCCGAAACUGGCCCUGGCAGGACACCGGAAGGCGCUGGCGAGAGUGGCUCUGCUACUCGGGCUACCUUUAUGACCGAUGCCGACGAGAGCCAUGCAAAGGAUGCCCAUCCGGAAGAGAUCCAUGCCCGUGCGGUUGGCUCCGAGUGUGUGCUGGAGAUGGUCCAUGCCCCGCCGAGGGAUGAGCUCAAGGCGGCGCGAGCGGCACAAGAGGAGCUGCGGAUCAAGGCGCUGGAGACUCGGAGAGCUUUUGAUGCCAAGCGGCGCAAGGUGGAGAAGGAGGUCGAGGCUGAGCGGGCCCGGGUCAAGGCCGAGGCCGCUGCAGAGGAGCAGCGCCUGGCGGCCGUGGCGCAGCGGUUGAGACGGCGGCGACUGCGAGCUGCAUCGGCGUCGCUGCGGAUGGCGUCGAAGACAGGCUCGCUCGCUGUGCAUCCGCCACAGGGCCCACAGGGCCCACAGUCCCCGCACGCCCCGUCGGCUCCACGCCCAGCAACCUCGCCGCUGCCCAUGAUCCCGCUGCCGCCGGACGUCGCACUGAUGCGCUCGCCGGUCCGCCGGGUGGCAGACACCCAGGUUGCCCGCAAGAUGCGGCUCCGCCAGGCUGCACUUGCGCAGGCCCGGGCCGUCUUCCGCCGCGACCGCGCAAGGCUGGCCAAGGAGGCCCGGGCCGCACGUUCACGUCUGGAUUCCCGACGCCGGGUGGUCAACAAGAAGCGCGCCGUCGAGCUCAAGAUCCUUGCCCGCGAAGAGCGUGUUGCCGUCAACAAUGUUGCCUUUGAUCGGGCUCGUGCACGAGUUGAAGCCCGCACCACAUGGGGUAUCGGCCCGUUCCCGGCCACUCCGCGGCUGACCACCGUCCUCGACGAUCAGACCACCCGCCUUGUCCGCUCCAACAUUGCCAAGCGCAGGCUUCGCCACAUGGCCACCACUCUCUAUCAGGACACUCUUCACUGGAGCAUCGAGCCGCCUCAGGCAAACUCCCGCAUUCGACGUGGAUCGGUCUCGCCAGACUACGGGACUGAGGGCAUUCUCUCACCAGAGGCUGCGGAUGUGUCGUCGAAUCGCGAUGAGUGGGUCUCGCUGCAGGAUGCUGACGGAUCGGUGUACUAUCUGCAUCUAGCGACAAACACCCGUUCGUCCGAAAGGCCCACAACUGGGCGGAUUGUCUCGCCGCGUCAGGUUGGUGGCAGUGGCGCCACCCGGAGCAGCAGCGGCCGGAAGAAGCACAAGAAAAAGAUCGACCGCAUCCGCUACCCAACCGGCGACCCCGAGUCGAUGGGCUCGACUUCGGAUGAGAUGCACUCGCGCUCUCGCUCCCGCUCGCAGAAUGAGCGGGUGAGCGGCAGUUCAAGCUCGGACUCGGACUCGGACUCAAAGUCGGACGGGUGCACCGCUGGUGAUGACGGCUCCAUCAGCUCGUACUCGGGCGAGGUCUCGGUCUCGGAGCCCAGCUCGCCUUCCGCAGCCGCCAGCCGGCCGGACAACGGGAGCGAGUCGGACAACGGGCCGCCUAAGCCGACGCUUGUCUCGGCCGGCUCGUCCGGACUCGCACCGUCAACCAGCACCUCGUCGCCGCCCAAGGAGGUGGCCAUGCCGUCGUACGCCGAUUGGGAGUCGUUGCAGUCGGUCGAACUCAUGACCUUUGCCACCAUGGACAACAAGUCAAUGACGCUGCGGCCAAAACGGCGGGCGUCGCGGGCCGGCUCAGUCGCUGCCGCCGAGAGCAAGGCCGCCGCCGAGGCCGCCGCCGCUGCCGCCGACGCCUCGCCGGUCGUGCCGCUCGCCGAGACCCGAGUCCGGCGGACCGAGGCCAAGUCGAUCCAGCGUUUUGACGUGUACGUCCUCAAGGGCUCGGGCUUUUUCAAGGGCUUUAAGCCGCGGGUCCUCGAGGUCAACAUCAAGCGGCAAUCGUUUGCCAUCAUCCAGACCCGCCGCAAGGGCGAGAAGCGAAAGGAGCUCCGCGCCGCCGACGUGUGGCGGUUCGAAAAGUGCAAGUCCGACGCCAACAAGCUCUACAUUGUGUUUGAGGGCAAGACGCCGACGUACACCGUCCUCUGCCUCUCACCGUCGUGGCGCGACCUUGUGUACGAGACCCUUUGGGCCACCCACAUUGACGCUGGCAAUAAGAUUGGCCAGCUCUCGUUCCCGCUCUCGGUCUGGGUCGGCUCGUGGAACAUGGGCAAUGCGCCACCACCCGACUCGCUCGGCGACUACCUACCGACCGGCGAGCACGACAUGUACGCCUUUUGCGUCCAAGAGUGCAAGUACGUCCCACUCGACGCCCACGGCAAGAAAAUCCCCUGCGAGACGCGCGACCACUGGUACGACUACGUCCAAGAGGCGCUGGGCCCCGGAUAUGUCGUCCUUUGCAAGCACUCGCUGUGGGAGAUUCGCCUUGUCGUCGCCGUCCGCUCCUGCCACUACAACAAGAUCAUGGACGUCGAGUUCUCCAAGGUCGCCACAGGCAUUGCCAACGUGGCAGGCAACAAGGGCGGCGUUGCUGUCUCGUUCAACUUUUUCGAGACCUCGUUCUGCUUCAUCGGCGCCCACCUUGCCGCGCACCAGUCCAAGAUUGCCGAGCGCAACGCAGACUACGCCAACAUCGUCGCAGGCCUCCGCCUUGGUACCAACAAGGAGUUUGACAUCACAAACGUCGCUGACUACGUCUUUUGGUGCGGCGACCUCAACUACCGCAUCGAACUCCCACGCGAUGCUGUCAUCGAGUUCAACCUCCUCCGCUCGUGGGACGUCCUCUUUGCCAACGACCAGCUCCAGGCCCAGAUCGCCGCAGACGCCGCCUUUGUCGGCUUUACUGAAGCCACGCUUGACUUUCCCUGCACCUACAAGUACGCUCGCAACACAAGGACGUACGCCGCCGGCAAACACCCGCGCAUCCCAGCCUGGUGCGACCGCAUCAUGUGGAAGUGCGAGUCUCCGACGUACCAGCCCGACCUCGUCUACUUUACCGACUGCAAGUCCAUCAUGACCUCGGACCACGCCCCGGUCUCUGCCCUCUUCACCGUCUCGGUCCAGGUCCCCUACCGUCCCGAGCACUGGGACCGCGUCGCCCUCCCUUGCGCCCUCCUCCUCUCAGACAUCUCGGUCUCCCUCGUCCAGCCGGCCUCAAAGGCCAAGCCGGGUGACUCGUUCCUCGCCGUCUGGGCUCCCUUCCUCCCGGGCUCGCACUCGCUCGGCCUUCGCUCGUCGGUCGUCAAAAAGUCAUGGGAGCCGCACUGGGACGGCGACUCGCUGCCGCUCCUCCGGCCCUCGCUCUCAGAGCCCGACUUUAUCGCCAAGCAGUCCAUCAUCCUCGCCGUCAUCGACGCAAAAUCCGGCACCUCCCGCGGUGAGGCCAAACUCCCGCUCGGCCCGCACAUCCGCCUCCCUGACGACGACGAAACCGCGCCCGAUGCCCCGUUCUCGCUCCGCCUGCUCAAGGGCGGUCUGGUCACCGGCUCAAUCUCUGGCUCCAUCGCUCUCAACAUCCGCGGUGGCGCCCGCACUCCUUCGCUUACUCCUCGCGAUCCCUCGUCGCUGGCUGGCGGGAGCGGCGACGGCGGGGCGGUGGAUGACCCUGACGGGACGCUGAUGAUGGUCUUUACCUGCGAUGUGUGUGAGACACGGUCGGCCAAGACCUUUUCCAGGCAUGCCUACCACCAUGGUGUGGUGCUCGUCCGCUGCGAUGGCUGCCAGUCGCACCAUCUCGUCGCCGACAACCUCGGCUGGACCGACGCCGGCGGGUCCGGCGCCCCGCCUGGCACGCUCGAGGCCAUUCUGAAGGCCAAGGGCAAGGAGCUGCGAAAGCUGGACGGAGCCGAUGCGCUGGAGUAUGUGGCCGACCACGCCAACGAGCUCGAGUCGACGCUCGAGGCGCUCAAAGCCCGCAUCGAGCGGCAGGCCAAGGCCAAGGCCGAAGCUCAGGCUGAGGACAAGGCCUAG